CGGCGCCGCUCCCUGGCCUCCCCGGGGGCUGCCACGGUGCAGGCGGACCCUUUGUGCCUCGGCAGGGUGGGCAGCCGGAGCCCUGUGCCCCGCAGGCCGCGCUUGCCCAGUCCCGUCAGGCUCAGCAGCGAAGGCGUGUUCAAGUGCCCCGAGGACCAGCUGCCCCUCGACUAUGCCAAGAUCUACCCGGACCCCGAGCUGGAGUCGCAGGUGCUGAGCCUCACCAUCCGCUGCAUCCACAGCGAGGAGGGUUGCCGCUGGAGCGGGCAGGUCAAGCACCUCCAGGCCCAUCUCAACACCUGUGGCUUCAACGUGAUCCCCUGCCCCAACCGCUGCGGCCUGAAGCUGCAGCGCCGCGACCUGCCGGCCCACCUGCAGCACGACUGCUCCAAGCGCCGGCUGCGCUGCGAGUUCUGCGGCAGCGACUUCACCGGCGAGGCCUACGAGACCCACCAAGGCGCCUGCCCGCAGGAGAGCGUGUACUGUGAGAACAAGUGCGGUGCCCGCAUGAUGCGGCGCCUGCUGCCCCAGCAUGCGCUGGCCGAGUGCCCCAAGCGCACCCAGCCCUGCGCCUACUGCUCCAAGGAGUUUGUCUUCGACACCAUCCAGAGCCACCAGUACCAGUGUCCGCGCUACCCCGUGCCCUGCCCCAACCAGUGCGGCGCGGGCAGCGUGGCCAGGGAGGACCUGCCCGGGCACCUGAAGGAGAACUGCAGCACGGCGCUGGUGCUGUGCCCCUUCAAGGAGGCCGGCUGCAAACACCGCUGCCCCAAGGUGGCCAUGAGCCGGCACGUGGACGAGAGCACCAAGGCGCACCUGGGGCUGGUGUCGGCGCUGGUGAGCCGGCAGCGCCAGGAGCUGCAGGAGCUGCGGCGGGAGGUGGAGGAGCUGGCGCUGGGCUGCGACGGGACGCUGGUGUGGAAGAUCCCGGACUACGCGCGGCGGCUGCAGGAGGCCAAGGCGCGCAGCAACCACGAGGCCUUCAGCCCCCCCUUCUACACGCACCGCUACGGCUACAAGCUGCAGGUCUCGGCCUUCCUCAACGGCAACGGCAGCGGGGAGGGCAGCCACCUGUCCGUCUACAUCCGCGUGCUGCCCGGCACCUACGACAACCUGCUCGAGUGGCCCUUCUCGCACCGCGUCACCUUCUCGCUGCUGGACCAGAGCGACCCCUCGCUCUCCAAGCCGCAGCACGUCACCGAGACCUUCCGCCCCGACCCCAACUGGAAGAACUUCCAGAAGCCGGGGGCCUCGCGCAGCUCCGUGGACGAGAGCGCCCUGGGCUUCGGCUACCCCAAGUUCAUCUCCCACGAGGACAUCAAGAAGCGCAACUACGUGCGGGACAACGCCAUCUUCAUCAGGGCCUCGGUGGAGAUCCCCCAGAAGAUCCUGGCCUGA